GGGUGGUUUCCUGAGCCCCCUUCCCAGAUAGAGCCCUGAGAAUAAUUGCUCUGCGUUGGGUGGGCGUUUGCUUCGCGGUUCCGGGCGUCUGGUCUCCCUCCCGAUAAUCUCGUGCGGCAGAAACUGUCUUGGACGCUUCUGACGGGGCAGGGCAAGCGAGGCCCAGAAGAGGGUAAAUCGGGUCAGUCACUUGGCUUAGUGCUGCGUGUGACAAGAUGGGAGUCGAAGCAUCCUGAUGUCCUAUGAUCAUGUGGAGCUUACGUUCAAUGACAUGAAGAAUGUGCCGGAGGCCUUCAAAGGGACCAAGAAAGGCACUGUCUACCUCACCCCGUACCGUGUCAUCUUCCUGUCUAAGGGGAAGGACGCCAUGCAGUCCUUCAUGAUGCCGUUCUAUCUGAUGAAGGACUGUGAGAUCAAGCAGCCGGUGUUUGGUGCGAACUUCAUUAAGGGAACAGUCAAGGCUGAAGCGGGAGGUGGCUGGGAAGGCGCUGCUUCCUACAAGUUGACCUUCACAGCAGGGGGCGCCAUUGAGUUUGGCCAGCGGAUGCUCCAGGUGGCGUCACAAGCCUCCAGAGGUGAAGCCCCUAAUGGAGCCUAUGGGUACCCUUACAUGCCCAGCGGGGCCUAUGUCUUUCCCCCGCCAGUCGCCAAUGGAAUGUACCCCUGCCCUCCUGGCUACCCCUAUCCACCGCCCCCACCUGCAGAGUUCUAUCCAGGACCUCCCAUGAUGGAUGGGGCCAUGGGAUAUGUGCAGCCCCCACCACCACCCUAUCCUGGGCCCAUGGAGCCUCCAGUCAGCGGCCCGAGUGCCCCCCCCACUCCUGCAGCUGAGGCCAAGGCCGCAGAAGCAGCUGCCAGCGCCUAUUACAACCCCGGCAACCCACACAAUGUCUACAUGCCUACGAGCCAGCCUCCGCCGCCACCCUACUACCCACCAGAAGACAAGAAGACCCAGUAGACCUUGCCUACCUCCCUGCCUCUCACUGGACGACCCCUCCCCUCCCGGGCCUCCCAUGGAGCUGCAUCUGAGACUCUGGGAGGCGGGGAGAGCCUGCUCUUCCCCAAGCCUGAUUAUAAAGUUACCAGGAAGUAGCCCUGAUGGAAGGGCAGGGCUCCCGGCCUCUGAGAGGCGCCUCCCUGCUUCCCACACUAGCUCAGCCCUUGGCACUGCCCUGUCUGGCUUCCCUCUCACCGUGAUCUGGGGCUCCUCACUGGAGAAGCUCCUCCCCACAGAGGGACUCUCUGGCCACUCCUCCGCCACAGUCCAGCCCUGUCAGCCUGCUGGCUGUCGCACUCCAUCUGUGGGCUCAUCAGACCAGCCUGUGUCUCCCCUAUGGGCCUGUCAGGCUGUGCUCACAUUCCUUCCUCCUGGCAUGUGCCUGGCCCCGGAAAGCCACUGUCCAGCAGAUGUCAGUCCACAUUCCCUUUGGGGGGCCCUGGCCUCAGUCACGCUCACCCUGCCACAUUGUCCCGGUUCCUUCUGGGAACGAGCACCUCCAACCAUGUGACCUGAAAUCUGCCAUCUGCCCCUGUGUGAGCUUCCUGCCCCCUUGAUGCACUAAGAUUUGCUCUUGUUCCUGGUCGGGACACAAAAUGAGGAGAUGGUUAUUUAAAGAGAAAUCCCUAUUUAUUUGACACAAAAAAUCCAGUUAAUAUAUUAAUGUGAAAUAAACCCAGUUUGCACCUUGA